UGAACCUUUACGCCGAUAGAAAAUACACUUCAUCAUAGCCUACCAAAACCGUGAGCAUCUUUAAGGUAACCUAUAAUUCAAAUGGCUAUCGUCAAAAAAACUCCUGAUUGUUCUACCAAACAUUACUUGCUGAUCCAUGGGAAGUGCUAUGCUGCGCUUGAGGAUGACACCCCCUGCAUGAUCGAGUCGAUUCUAUGAUGCGACGUGUGGCUUUGUGGGAGUGCAGAGGCGUCCCGCAGUGCUGAUCAUUGUGUCUCUCUCACUUUCUAACGAGCCAUUUCACAACACCGGGGAGAAGAAAACAGCUAGUGGUAUCAGCGGCUGCACAUGUGGAGUGACGGCGGUGCAUGAACACUCUUCCAACGACUGAGGCAACGCAGAGGAAUACAAGCACAAACAUGAAAAGCUUCUUUUGCCAGAAUGUAUCGCUUUGGCGCAUUGUGUGUGUUUUUUUUAAUAUAGCUUAAUCAGCUUAGUUCAUUCGUGAAAGUGAUAGAGUUAAUUCAACGAGGCGGGAGAGGUGAAAUACCUUAACACAACACAACAUCGGAAAGUAUUGGACUGGGCGAAGGAAGGAAGGCUGUUGUGCAUCACAACUACCGGCAACUUAUCUUGUGAAAAAUCUAUAUCAGUUAAUGCGCCUUAUCUGGAAUAAAAAUACAGGAGAAAAUGCAUUGGAGGCAACGAUAUUAUCUGCCAAGUUAAGCAACGGGGUUGACACUGAAAUCUGGAUUACUGGUGAUACUCUUUUGGGCGAACACAGGACUACGGGCUUCCUCUCGCCGUAAGCUUCAGCUCGGUCCCGUGGCCAGACUACGUCUCGGUCGAUGGUGAGGGGAUCCAUGCCGUCUCAAAGGGAGAGGAGAGGAGCGCUGUCCCGUGCUGGAUGGAUGGUUAUGGGGAAAGGAGCAGGACCUUCGGCGCUAGAAGUCGGCAAGAUCCUCGCUGUGUUUCUUUAUCUCUUUCCUGCAGUGAGCUUACAGUGUAAAAUCCUCAAGUGCAACUCGGAAUUCUGGGCUGCGACGACGGGUUCCGAGCCUGAGGGGGACGUGGAGUUCUGCACGGCACUGCGGGCCUAUAGCAGCUGCGUGCGCCGGACCGCCCGGACUUGCCGCGGCGACCUGGCCUUCCACCUGGCCCAGCAUGGCAUCGAGGACCUGAUGAGCCAGCACAACUGCUCCAAGGAGGGUCCCACGACCCCGCCCCGUGCCAGGCGCCCGCCAUCCCCCGUCCCGCCCCAGCUGCCCGAGGAGACCACACAGGGCAGUCCGGAGGUGUGCCACUAUGAGCGCAGCCUGCCGCGCCACUCUGCGCCUCCCAACUACACCCACUGCGGCUUCUUCGGCGACCCGCACCUACGCACGUUCACGGACGACUUCCAGACGUGCAAGGUGGUGGGCGCUUGGCCGCUCAUCCACAACAAGUACCUGUCGGUGCAGGUGACCAACACACCUGUCAUUCCCGGCUCCUCUGCCACCGCCACUAGUAAGCUGACAAUCAUUUUCAAGAACUACCAGGAAUGUGUCGACCAGAAGAUGUACCACGCAGAGACAGACGAACUCCCGGCGGCCUUUGCUGAUGGCUCAAAGAACGGGGGUGAGCGUCAUGGCGCCAAUACCCUGCGGAUCAUCGAGAAGGUUCCGGGCCAGCACGUGGAGAUCCAGGCGCGCUACAUUGGCACCACCAUCGUGGUCCGGCAGGUGGGUCGCUACCUGACGUUUGCCGUGCGGAUGCCCGAGGAGGUGGUCAAUUCCAUGGAGGACCAGGACAAUCAGGACCUCUACCUGUGCCUGCACGGCUGCCCAAACAACCAGCGUAUCGACUUCAGGACAUUCAGGGCCCACGCCGUGGAGAGUCAGGCCCAGGGUCGGGCUAGGCCCGGCAGCCCUCAGCAGCCUGGCUUCACCUACCAGACAGCCGUAGCCAAGUGCAAAGAGCGCCUCCCUGUGGAGGACAUGUACUUCCACUCCUGCGUGUUUGACCUGCUGUCAUCGGGAGACAUCAACUUCACCCUGGCGGCCUUCUACGCCUUGGAGGACGUCAAGGUGCUCCACUCCAACAAGGACAAGCACCACAUUUUCGAGAGGGACAUGCACUUAGGGAACGCGGGGCGCAAGGGGUCGUACUCGGUCCUCGUGCUGCUCCUCAACCUGUUGGCUUUGGUGCUCUGGACAGAAGGUUGCUCAACACAUCUAUAGUCCACCACCGCGAUCUCCAUCUUCAUUGUCGUCAUCUUCAUCGUCCAUGUGAUGGCUUUGAGCCUGUGUGUGUCUGCGUACCGCUGGUCUCGGCUGUGUCACGUCCAGUCUGUCGGAGGCAGAGCCCCUGCACUGGUGCACCCCCUCACUCCCAAUCCCAAGAUGGCGGUGGUGGUGGCAGUGAGGGGGGUGAAGGUUCCAGAUGGGUUGGGCGCCGGGUCAUCCCGCUCAUUCCAGCCAUGGACUCACUCAUGUUCAUUGUGGUUCGUUAUGCACCGAGGGGGGAACAGUAACGUCGUUAUUUGUGAAGUCGGACUCGGGAGUGAGAUCCCUUGCUUGUCAUCGCGCUGCUGUUGCUGGCUUCAAGGGACACGGUUGUGAUGAGGAGGAACUGCAGUGAGAGAGAGACCCCCCUGUCCUCCCGCUCCCCCGCACACACUCCAUCCCUCCCCACCUCUGUCUACUGAGAGCUUGGAUGUCCAGCUUCGGAUUUAAUCCCUCAUUCCCAGAGAGGCCAAGUAGCCUAUGGGAGACGGUGAUGGGAUUUGGGAUGAUCCUCUGUGGAAAGGACAUUUUUUUCCCCCUUCUCUUCUUCUAUCCCUCUAUUUUUAACUCUCAUUGAGGAUCUCCUCCUUCACUGGUGCCAAGUGAGUGGAGUGGUUGUAUUUGGCCCCUGGUGUAUGUAUGUGUGUGUGUGUG